GGAUCUUCGGACGCUCCUCCUCAUGUGAAAGCCUAUGACACCGCGUUAUCAGAUGUGACCGAAAGAUGGUCUGCUUUAUCGAAGCAGAUUGGCGGCGACGUUUCAACCAUGAAUGACAAAGUUAUCCAUGUGUUUGAUACGCUGAGAAACUUUCUGUGGACCGCUGCAGGUCGCACAGAACCUACACCUGAAGAAGUUCAGAAACUCGUUGCUCCUAUGGUCAGUCUUUUGUCGGACAUCACUUCCUUCAAGGAUUCAAAGCGCAAUACACCGCAAUUUAAUCAUUUGUGUGCGGUUGCCGAGGGAAUUCCGGCUGUCGGUUGGGUUCUUGUGAAGAAAACGCCGGCUCCAUAUGUCAAGGAAAUGUUGGAGGCAGCCAUGUUCUAUAUCAACCGCAUCCUCAAAGAGUUCAAAGAUGGCGAUCAAAAACAUGUGGAAUGGGCCCGAACCUGGAAAGAGCUGCUGGAAACAAUGCAGACAUUCGUUAGGCAGUACCAUACAACUGGCCUCACUUGGAACAGCGCUCCGGUAUUUCCAUCGCUUCUUUUUUCUAAAUUUUCUAAAUUUAGUAAAUCUAUGACCACUUUAUAA